CCCCAACCCAAACCCUUGUGCAAAAACCUUCACUUGCGAGCAUCAUCAGACGCACCACAACUCUCCACAUUCAAGCAUCGUCACCGAUUCAGUUCCUCCACAAUUUCGUUUCUCGAUCCUUCAACCUUCAAAUCCUACCAAUUUUCCAUCGCCAAUUCCACUUUUCCUCUCCACAACGGUUACAAUGGCGGCAACAGCUUCAUCUCCUUCGAAAUCCCAAAUCCUAUCGCUCGUCCGUUCCUUCAUACGAGUAUCUCGUCAAUUUCCCGAUUACAACAUCAGGGAAUACACUAAACGACGUGCCGUCGACGCGUUUCGUCAAAACGCGACGCUUUCUGAAUCUUCAUCGGUUUCCGAAGCUUUUACGUUCGGAAAGUCUCAGCUUGAAGUGGCGAAACGACAGGCCGUUGUUUACUCGCUUUAUGUUCCUCCUCUUCCCAGUGUUAUGGAGAUUCAGAAUAAACCCUUUUAAUCAAGGUUAUGUUCUGUUGAUGAUAGGACAAUCAGAAAUGUGUUUCCCUAUUUCGCAUUCUUCUAUUCCGGAAUGGGCUUAUGAAGCGAUAAUCUCGAGUUUACAACUUUCUCUUGGAAAGCUAUUAUUGCUCUUUAGUUGACAACUUUUAUGUUGUUAGAAUUGGAAUGAGUAAUUUUAGUUGGUCAGAUUUAAUUUAAUUUUUGAUACUAUGAUAAUAUGCAUUUUUCUACUACAUGGUAAUAAUUUGAUGAUGCAACAUAAAGUUUAUUUAUUUUUGCUCAUUUUUAGUUA